GUAAGAUGAGUUUGGUCCAUUAAUGUUGUGGGGUGCUUUCUAGAUAAAUGUGUGUGCAUUCAAUGUGUGUAGCUGUUGCUGCCCGCUGAAGGAAGGAUGAGUGAUGCAGAGGAUGACUAUGAGAUCUCCUUUACUGUGAAGUUUAUUGGCCGAGUGGAGGUCGUCCGCCCUAAUGGACUUAAUAUCCUGGAGGAAGCAGCUCAGAGCCUUAAGACACCUGAUCCAUAUGCCUCAGAAAAGGCUGCAAAGAAGAGCAAAGUCCACCUCUUUGUUUCCCUUAGUGGGAUUGACAUUUUGGAAAACAAAACAAAGUUUCUGCUGUACACCUGCCCCCUCCCCACUAUUUCCUUUUGUGCCGUCAUGCCGUCGGCGCCCAAAAUGUUCGGCUUUGUGGCCAAGCACCCUGCCGUGGACAUGUACCACUGCUACCUUUUCAAGAGCGACACCUUGUCUCACGUGCUGGUCUCCGCUGUCGGCGAUGUCUUCCGAGCCACUAAAAAGGAGGAGAGCGUGAGAGGAGGUCGAGAUCUGAUAGUGGAGGCGCUCAGGCAUAAGAACAAAAUGCUGCAAAAGCAGAAUUCCGAGCUCAAGAGGAGGCUUGCAGAAAAAAACAGUCAGGAAUAAAGACAGGUGCUGGUGUUGUACAUUAUAUUAAUGGUUUCUUUGGACACCAUCGAGAUUAUGGUGAUGGUGCGUGGUAAAGAAGAAUUAGACAUAAAUUAAUCCACACUGUUCAAUAUAACUUCUUUAUGACUACCACCAAGAUUAUUUUUGCACAUUUUCUUAUUUCUUAUUAAAUGUUAAUUAUUAUGUAUUGAAAUGCCAAAUCUAUUUUGGGGGGCCUCUCUGGAAAAAAUCUGCUCUCUGUUGCUAACCUGGUUGAAAGUUUUAAUUAGUAAUUGCUUUUCAAGAGUUUCAAGAGUUUUAUUGUCAUGUGCACAGUAAAACAGGUAGUUCUGCUAUGCAAUGAAAUUCUUGUUCUGUUCAUUCUCCCAAAAAAAAGAAAGCAAGAAAAACACAAGAAAAUGAAUAAGAACAGAAGAAACAUUAAUACCAAUAAAUUAAGCAACAACGACAGAAGAGACAUUAGCUUUCCAAAAUGGGGACUUUGCAUCACUUGGACGAAAAUCAAGCUGUAACGGUUUGAAAAAAUAUUGUAACGCUCCAAGAAAUUACGCUCUGCUUUAGUUCAAAUGUGCCGGACAGGGGGGGCGCCAAAAUAAUAAAAAAGACAAAGUUCAUCCAUCCAUUUUCUGUGCGGCUUAUCCUCAUUAGGGUGUGCGGGGGUAUGCUGGAGCCUAUCCCAGCUAACUUCCGGCGAGGGUCGGGGUACACCCUGGACUGGUCGCUAGCCAAUCGCAGGGCACAUAUGGAUAAACAGUCACACUCACAUUCAUACCUAUGGACAAUUUUGAGUCGCCAAUUCACCUAUAACAUGCAUGUUUUUGGAAUGUGGGAGGAAACCGGAGUACCCGGAGAAAACCCACACACGCAUGCGGAGAACAUGCAAACUCCACACAGAGAUGAUAGUAAAAGUUUAUAAAAAAAUAAGAUAUUAAAGGGAAAUUUGAACUAAAAGAUAACCAUUCACGUAAAUUGUGAGAUACUGUGUACCCAAAUCUCCCUACCCUAUGUUUUAUAUAUGAAAAUAAGAAUCAUUUUCAGGUGUUUGUAAUCAGGAAUGUAUUUUUCAAAUGAAUUACGAGUUUGCCUUUUUAUAAAAGAAAUAAAUCAUGUGAGGACACCUAAUAGAGUGUUUAAUAUUCCAUAUAUAAAUAAUUGUCACAGUGGCCACAAUGUUUCUCAGGCUGUAAAACAGUGUUUACAUAAAAUCUACAGCGUGUGUUCACAGAAGCUUGGAGAAAAAUAAGCCCUGUGACAUCACUUCAGCCUCUUGUCUUGGCCGCUGAAAUAUUGCAGUGUGUGUUACAAAUGUGGAAUUCGAAAUAUGCAAGUGUUUACCAGGCAAGAGACCAAAAAUCUGCAAAGGGAUUUGCUACUGUAUACAAAUGCUCUUAUUUUAAAGUGCUUAUGACACCAAAAAUGUUUAAAAAAAAGUGAUUAAAAAAAAUAGUAUUCACUAAAUAAAACGUUUUUGUCAUGCUGCUGUCAUCCACCAGUAAACAACUAUAAAAUACGAGUGAAAUUAAGUUGUGAUUAUCAAAAGCCCCCUCAGCGAGUUUUUUUCUGAGCCAACGCCAUCUUGGCUGUGACAAAAAAUGUAAAUAAUAAAAAAAGGGUAAAUAUUCAAGUACGCAUCUAACAAGGGAAAUAUGCCUUUAAAAUGAUACUUUACAUGGCAAAAAUAAGAGUAACAUGAAUUUUGGUGUCACAAGCACUAAAGGGAAUGUACAAUUGCUCUUAUUUUGAAACCUUUAGUACUAUAUUCGACUGUUGUGUCAAGGAUUUGUGUUCAAUCCUAGGUGGAAGCUUUGUUUUGCGUUGGCACUGUAGAUUUAUUAGAUUUUUUUAAUGACUUUGGACAUAAGAGGUCUUGACCUGACUUUUAAUAUCAACUUCCUCUGGUCUUUUCCAUGAUGACAUAGCAACCUAGACAGUCUGUUUCCUUCAUUUCUAUUUAGCACAUUUCCUAACCUUUGGGCCUGAACACAUAUUUUGCUGAUAUGAUUGUUUUAUAUCAGUACCACUCUUUGCAACAGUUGCAAUCAUAUUUCUUGGGUUGUUUUUCUGAAUAGUUUUUUAAUAAGCUUCCUUUAGUGCAUCCACAGGCACUUUGUCACAUAGAACAUUAAGACUGUGAUAAUUGAAGGUUUUCGUAGAGUAAAUUGAGAAAGGAAUAUGUGUCGACAAACACAAUGUAUUCCAUGAUGUUUUUCUCGUAUUCCACAGCAAGUAGAUGAAAAACACAUUCUACCAAGGGGGGGGGGGGGAAAUCCAUCAUAAUCCACACAUCAUUUUCACAAUCUCAAAACGUGAACAUGUUACU